AUGUCAUUUCUCUGCGUAACCUCUGCCAAGGAAGAUACCGAACGGUGCAACACAGAACUUACUGCCCCAAAAGUUACCUUGUUUGACAUUAUGAACAAUUCAGCAGUUCUGCUCCAGAAUGGGUCGUUAGUGGAACAGACAACUUUACCUGCUAAUCUUUACUACAUUCUUUCCGCUUACUUGACAUUCACAGCUGUCAUUUCCUUUUGUGGAAACUCGCUAGUCAUAUAUAUUUUCACAAAGAGUCGUCUUGCAAGAUAUUCUGCCAAUUUCUUUAUAGUCAACAUUGGAAUAGCUAAUCUUUUUGAGUCGUUGCUUGGGUAUCCGAUGGCAAUCAUAUCGAACAUUUAUUGUGGGUGGUAUUUUGGUGAUUUGGGCUGUCAGCUAUAUGCUUUCUUUGUGUUUUCGGGUGCAGUAUGUAACAUUAUGACGUAUGCCUUCCUAGGAAUAUACCGUUAUCUUCUGGUCUGUAAUCCAGAAUCCGAGUUUAUCGGUGUUGAGAAAGUUGGAUUGACUAUAGGCCUUAUAUGGUUGUAUGCCAUUCUUUGGAGCACAUUCCCUUUCAUUGGCUGGGGAAAGUACGGUAUAGAACCGUUCGGAACCUCCUGCUCCAUUGACUGGACAAGCAAAUCCGAGAACGUCCGCUCCUAUAUUAUGUCUGUUUUCCUUUUGGUUUUUAUCUUACCUGUUGGUAUUAUUACCAUCUUCUACUUCAAAGUUUCUGUAAAGAUCAGAAAAACAGUUUCCCUCGCUCCUGACGGGGAUACGGAAACAAUGUCUUCCUCUACAUACAGCUCCUCUUCUGCUGUCCCUGCCUCACCAUCAGUCUGCAAGAACACCAUUCCAUCCCUUAAUUCAGAGGAGGCAUCCAUCCUUGAUGAGUUCUUGAUCUUGGAGGACAGCAGUGAGUUCGACCUGAAAAAUACACCCCCCAAAACCACCAGGGAUACACUUCACCAUGGAAGAAUGAUAUUGAAACCCAUCAUUGAGAGGAAGACCAGGGCCCUGAGAAACAACACACUUGCCAACAACCAUUUAGAAGAGCUGCUUAGACAACACCAGACACAGCAGCAGAUGAGGUCCUUACACCAUGUUCCUAGGGAGAGUGAGCGCCCCAAUGUAUCUUACAAGAAGUCUCCGCGACCCUCCCGGUUAAAAUCUGUUGCUUACCAGAUGCUUAGACGACCAUCUGCUGGGAAACUGAAACCGUAUGGAAGACCAUCUCCCAUUGAUAACAUUUUUUAA